UGAGCCUCCGCCAACGGAUUGCGUCCCGCCUUUCGUGAGUUUCGGGGGACGUUAAGUUUUUGUCGGUGAUCAGGCCCGAAUAACGGAGUGCCAAGGGAAGCCCAGCCAGUGCGCGAGUCAAAGACAGCAGGUGGACGAUGGGAGACACGCCUAGGACGGUGGAGUCCAUCUACGAGGAUUUUGAGCUCCGAAGGAAUGGGUUGCUACAGGCGCUCACGCACGACGUCGACGAUUUCUACAAGCAGGCAGAUCCCGAGCGCGAGAACUUGUGCUUGUACGGCGAGACGGACGGCUCCUGGAGCGUCGAUCUGCCAGCGGAGGAGGUGCCUCCAGAGCUGCCAGAGCCUUGCCUGGGCAUAAACUUCGCUCGCGACGGAAUGCAGAAGAGGGAUUGGCUUGCCCUUGUGGCAGUGCACUCGGACUCGUGGCUGUGUGCUGUGGCGUUCUAUUAUGGCGCAAAGCUGGACCCUCCGUCAAGGCUGCGGCUGUUCAGGAGCAUAAAUCAGCACCCCACUCUGUAUGAGAUCGUGACUGGCAAGCAUCGAGCUGGCGGAAAGGAUGGCAACAAGAGGAAGCGGGUGGAGAUGGAUCCAGGCGUGGCGCCUGCCAAGGCUGCAGAUGCUCCCCUGCCCACAGGAAGACUCCUGAUUUUCAACGAUAUCACGCCUGCCUUGAAGGGCAGGCAAGCUGAGCUCUUCUGGCCGGAUGACAAAAUGUGGUACCUGGUGGAGAUCCACUCUGUCAACCCCAAGGCCAGGACAGCCAAGAUCCAGUACACCAGCGGAGAGAUUGAGGAGCUUGACUUGGAGGAAAUCAUUCGAGAGGGCCACAUGUCUCUGAUCACCCAGUGAGCAACGCUGACAGCUCACCUUGUCAGUCUCGUUGCCAAGUGGGCUCCCGCGGAGGUUGCUGCAGCCAUUUGUCUCGUCUGAUAUUUCUCCCGUGGAAGUGCUUUGUCGUGAUUGUCAUGAAACCCCAGUGAACCUGUCCAGAAUGUUGUAUUCAUUCCGUUGCCUGGCUAGAAGAUCUAGAGGAUGCAUCCACUGAAGUGAUUGGCACGAAUCAAGAGGAGGGGGGCUUGAGGACGUAGAUUGUCAUUGUCUUUAGUGUGAGAGGCAAGCAUGCCUGCUCCAUUGGGAAGUAGAAGAGACUCGUGAGCGCGGCGCAGGAUGAGACUGUCACCCUUCACAGCAG